UGGUACACGUGCCACAAGUCGAAGGGAUCCCGGUACCGAAAGACUCAACUCGAGAACAACAACAUCGAGCCAAAGGAACCACAUGACCACACAAACGGAAAGUCCGCGCUCUUUGAUUUCUCGCGGACUUCUUAACGUUUCAACGUGUUGCGAAUAAGUGCGAGGGGGGUUGGCGCGUGUUAGUUCUUAGUUAGUUCCACCGAUAUUUCGCUCCGGAUUGGCGUAUGGAUAUCUGCUCACCGUCUCCGCCGGCUGAGACCGGUGGCAAAUACCAGCGGGUGUCUGUGAGUCUGUGAUGUGGCGAGGGUGGAAUGUUUAUGCUUCCUAGUUAUUGCCGUCUUCGAGAUUCACACUCUGCAAUCGGUGUGUGGUGUGGUGAUGGUCUGUGGUGACGGAAGCAAAUAUCAUAAGAAAAUGAUCAUAUCAGAAUAAUUAAAGUGAAUUAACUGUGGGGAAGAAGUUUGUGGCUUUGGGGCUAUAAAACGUGGAAGAAUCUCAUUUCGCAGCGAACUGACGAAGACUCGUUGCGCCCAACUCCGGUGGAUAUUCAAAAGCACAUCAUUAAAUCUUCCCGAGGAGAGUGUUGAAAAAGAAAAGGAAACGUUGGUUAUGCACGGAUGAUCUUAUCAGGAAAAAAAGGUUUCCAUUUAUCCGCUCGACUGAAGGUGCGCCCGUGUCGACAAAAGAAAUUAGAGUGAAAUUUGGUGUUAACAGAAAAGAUAAAUAGCGUCCAACGGUCCAACUUUUCCCCCUUUUUUGGCGGCAAAUCGACGGGACAAGCUUAUCCCGUCCAGCAGCAGGGAUCCCUGCCAAAUUUGUCAGGUCGUGAAAGUGAGUGGAUAGCAAAAUUAUCAUCGACAAAAUCUGCCGAAGGGAUUUUCGCGUUGAACCAACGCUAUCGGACGGUGAAAGGAUGAACGCUUAUCUCGAAUAAUAAAUAAACAACCCUCGCCAGCGCCGAAAAUAAACAGCCCCGUAAAAAUAACCCAGACUCGACCCUUUCGGAGGGGGAAUUUCCACGAGAUUCGGCGUGGGUGUGGGUGUGGAUGUGUGAAUGAUUCCUUUUUUCAUCAACCUUCUCAACUUGUCAAUUUAAAGUAAACCAAAUCAGAAUAUUCUGCUUAUCCCAAAUCAAUCGGUGCUGAUGGGAAUUUAAGUCCCCAAACUGUACCUUUCGCAGCGACCGGAUGCUUACAAUAUUUCGAUCGUUUGGGACUUUGUGCGUGAAUUUUAUUAGUGAAACGACCGUAGUCGGGUGCGGGUGCUUAUAUACAGCGAGGUGGUAGCAACGGCAUUCGAAUGGGCUCCAGUAUAAACUGAAAAGGGACUUCGAAACUAUUCGAUAUUGGUGGCACCAUUUCAAGCCGGUCAAAGGCGAAGUGGAUAUAAUCUUUGGGAGCAAUAUCCUCCGGCAGAAAAGCACACACACACACCCAUAGCCCCAGACAAAACAUGGAGACGCUGUACACCGGACACAUACACGGUUUCCCGCCGGCGGCAAACGUCUCGUACGGUUCACUGAGCGCGAGCUGGGGCUCCCAGGGAGGACUGAUUGCGCUGGGAGUUGUCCUGGGAAGUUCGGUCAGCCUGGUUGGGUUGGCGUUUGCCUUCAUCACGUACAGCUUGUUUUCGGACCUGAAGUCGCUGGCGGGCACGGCGCUGCUCAGCUUACUUGCGUCCCUAUUCAUGAGCCAGCUGUUGUUUGUGAUUGGCGUGGGUGGCGUUCAGGACACCGAGCUGUGCCUCUCGCUCUCGCUGGCUCUGCUCUUCAUGAAGCUGGCCUCGAUGUGUUGGCUAUGCUGCUGCUGUCAUCACGCGCUGGUGCUGUUCCGUUCCAGCACCAACCUCAAUCCCAACCCGGAGCCAAGUAUGGGCCGAGCCUUGGCACAUUACAGUGUUCUAUCCUGGGGCUUUCCGCUGCUGAUGCUAGGCGUGGCCGCUGCCUUCAAGUACAAGGAACGGGACGUGAGGAUAACCGGAGCGCAGGUUAUAGCACAGAUCGUGCACGACCUCAACGGGGAUAGCCACUGUUGGCUUAUGGAGGGCUCAGCGUACAUCUGGGGCUUUCUGGUGCCGGCGGUGGUGCUGCUCUUCGCCGGCUUCUACCUGGCGUGUCAGGGUGGCGGCGCGGUCAAGAUAGCCGCUGCGCUGCAGGUCGACUCUCGGGCCAAGAACAAGAUGGUGAAAAAACGUGGCCUCCAGAUAGGGCUCUUUUUCAAGAUUCUGAUCGUCCUUUCGGUUGUCGUCUUCUUGGGAGCAAUCGCUUCGGCCUGGAAUGUAAUUGAGCUCUGGUCCAUCUACAGCAUCGCACAAGGCGUCCAGGGUUUGGUAAUAGCGCUGCUGGUGUCCUGCAACUGCAAAAUCCUGAAGCUUUACUCGACGCCACGCGGCCAGAAGUCUCGCCGUGGGACCUACCGCAGCCUCAAGGAUGGCGAAGGUGGCCGCUACGGUGUGCUGUCCGUAACGAAUCCCAACUACGAAGACAUCGGACCAGUGGUUUCGGCCCUGGAGGCAUUCGCUAUCGAGCAGCAGCUGGACGGAUCGCCCUCACCGGUUCACAACUACGUCAAGAUGGCAUACCGGGAGAAACACUUCGUCGAGCGGACCGACGCCGUCGUUCCCUCUGCGCUGGAUUGUGCCUUCAGUGGGGAACUUUCCACCUCGCUGGCGAUUGAUGAAAUCCCGCCCAAGCCACUGCCAGCUUCGGUGUGAAAACGCAAACCAAUGCGCGACCGGUUUCGCCGGUGAGGGAAAAGGGAACUUUGAAUGUUCUAUUGUUAGGCUUCUUGUGUAGGGACAAUAAUUGUGCACAGUUAUAUCAGUUUGAAGUGAACCUAGAGCAUAUCAGAUGGAAGCUCUGUCCAGUACAGUGUAUAUCAGCUAGAGUUGAGCAAUGUGUGUGUUUUGUAGAUUCGAGCCAAGAGGCGAACUUUUAAAAGGAAGUGCGUUGUAUUUAUCGUUAAGCUGAAGUUGUCAGUAGUGAAUGACUUACGACGAAAUUAAAUUGAGAUAUAAACAAAAGGCGCGAAAGGAUUUGCGGUAUGAUUUUGAGGUAUCGUUUGAUGGAUCGAUUUUCUGUUACGCAAUUGACUAAUAUAUGUUUAAAAAUAUAUAAUUUUUUUUUUUUAUUUUACACAUCCCCUCGUAGCGUAAAUAUAAUUUACAUACAUUUUGUAGCAUAUGUGUUCAUUAGGGUGGCAAUGGAUGUAUGGGAAAAAUUUCAUCAUCGAAUUUCAAAAACCGACCAUGUACAUUUUCUUUAUUGGCCCAAAAAAAUGAUCUGUGCAAAGUUUCAGCUCGAUCGGACAUGAUUUAGGGGUGCCUCAAAGCGCUCAAAGUUUUAAUUUUAUGAUCCUCGAAAAUCUUCCAAGGGGGGGAGUGAAGGAAAUUUGGAAAAUCGAGUUUUUAUCGGUGCCAAAUGACUUAAAAAUGCAAAUUUUUUGGCCGAAAAUCGACCUUCCGGGCCUGAGAGGUAAUGAAGGUAUGGAAAAAAAUAAUUAUCGAAUUUAAAGGACCGACCAUGUACAUUUUGUUGAUUGGUCCCAAAAAAAUGAUCUGUGCAAAAUUUCAGCUCAAUCGGACAUGAUGCCUCAAAGCACUCAAAGUUUUGAUUUUUUGGUCACCCAGGCUAAGUCCCGAAAAGUCGAUUUUCGGCCAAAAAUCUUUUUUCGUGAUAACACCAGAUCUCGACGUUUUAUGCAUUUUUAAGUCAUAAGUCAAAUUUCGAUUUCCUAAAUUUCCUUCACUCCCCCCUUGGAAGAUUUUCGAGGAUCAAAAAAUUAAAACUUUGAGCGCUUUGGAGCACCCCAAAAUCAUGUCCGAUCGAGCUGAAACUUUGCACAGAUAAUUUUUUUGGGCCAAUAAACAAAAUGUACAUGGUCGAUUUUUGAAAUUUGACAUGACCAUUUUAGCCGCCACCUUAGUGUUCAUACAGAGUAACAAGAUGUCCAUGUGUUGAGUGAUUGUGAUAACUUAGAAUAUACCCUAAAACCUGUAUUACCAUCUCGUUUAUACUCAUCCUUGUAUACUUCCAGAUUGUUCUUUUAUUUGUUUCCCAUUUUCCUCGGAAAACCAAAAAGAGCGUUCGCUACAUUUUCAGUCGCUUUUAUCUGAUUAGAUAGUCAAUCUCAAUCUCAAUCACUCAGUCUUGAGAACCUCAUAGUCCCAUUUUCUGUGGGACACAUGGUAAAAAUUGUGGGCCUCAUUUGCCUCUGUAAGUAUAGCUAGAUAUUCAAAUGGAAGAUGACAAGAUUCAAAGUAAAUUGCUCUAGUGCUCCGUACCACUUUGUUAUCUUCUGGUUGAUAACUACAUCCAAACUAGCGUUGCUAUGAAGCAUUGAAGCAUUUUCGGCAGAAACCAUGUCUUUUCAUGUCUUGUAGCGUCAAACGAGCAAAUAAAAUCAUCUGUCUCCCAACGCUUUAAAAUGUGUGUAUGUAUGGAAGCAGACAUCUCUUCCUUUUUUCACCUUUUUGCUCACAAAAAAGUCCAAACGACGACAACGGGGAUCGAACCAAGGCCGAUUGGAAUGCAAGACUGUUUUACACGACCACGCUAUCCACAUAGCUAAUGAUGCUGUUGCAUAUACGUGUGAUGCAUAACAUCUCAUUACAAAUUGAAGUUCCAGCAUGAAGGGGAUCUAUAUCUAUCUCGGUCUGGGCCGUGUACAUAUGUGGCAAAGUAAUGCGUGCUUGUUUGAAACGUGUCUCUUGUUUCGCUCGCUCGUAUUAAUCUUAUAUUGCCGUACCAUAUGUAUCAGGAUUUCUCAAAGUGGUCGAUAUCGACCCCUUGGGGUUGAUUUCGGUUCCCCAGGGGUUGACAGAAACGAAAAUUGAUUUUGGGGGUCGACGGGGUCCGAAUAUCGACCACUAUACAAUAACACAAGUUCUUAUUUGAAAUAUUUUAGAUGCUCCAUAAGUUGUGUUACAAGAGCUACCCUGUUAUUAGAAUGACCAGGGUUGCCACAUUUGAUUCUGUAAAAUUUUCUGAAAAAGUCUGUAAAUCUGUAUUUUUAUCAAAUAAAUCUGUAUCAAAAAACUAACGGAAAAAACAGAAAGAAAGGUUUAUUUUCAUUUUGAAUUUAUUGUUCUUAUUUAUGGUUUGCCAUCAUUGUGGAAGCCAACCGAUUUCAGAACAUUGUUUUGUUGGUAUUGUGAAGCGAGAAUAUUCACUCAACACACGCUGAUGAAUGUGAAAUAAUCAAAAAGUGUCCCAAAAACAUACUUAGUAGGAAUGGAGAAGUGAGGUGACGUUUCAUAUGGUUCAACAUACAUUUCUUCAUGACUCAACGAUAAAAAAGCAAAGUUUAUUAGUAAGAUGGUAGACAGAGAACAAAAAAUGCAAAUAAUUUAACAUUUCAAUUUGAAUUUGAAAAAAUAUUUUUAAAUUCUGUAUCUUCUGUAUAUACAGAUUCUGUAUCUGAAAGUUGACACAAAAAAAUACAGUAUAUUCUAUAUAUGUGGCAUAUAUGAGAAUGAUUAAUAAAGGGUGUCUCACAUCAAAUUGCAUCACGGAAAAAACGCUGUAGAAAUUAAAUUUUUAGGAAUUAUAUCUUCUGCCUUCGCUUAUAAUCAAAUAAGAGUGUAUAGAUCACGUUGGCCAUGCUUCACUGUCAAUUUUUCGUAAAUUUGGAAAAAUGUCGUCGAACGAGAAAGAGCGUCGUGAAUUAAUCCUGUGCACUCAUUUCGAGAAUCCGGAAUUGUCACAUCGGGACAUCGGUAAGAUGCUGGGAAUCGUCCAAUCCACGGUCAGCAGAUUACUAAAACGAUACUUCGAGAACCUAACCAUCGACCGGAAGGUAAAGAACGGCAAAAAUGGAUGCUCCGUCAGUGAGAAAGAUCACAAGCGCGUAGUUAAGCAGUUUAGACGUGAUCCGAGAAGUUCGGUCCGGGAUGUCGCCAAUAAGCUGAAUUUGUCAAGUUCAUUCGUCCAGCGGACCAAGCAGCGGGAGGGCCUGCGUACAUACAAGGUUCAGAAGGCUCCUAACCGCGACGAAAGGCAAAACAUGGUGGGGAUGACGCGAGCCCGGAAGCUGUACACCAAAAUCGACCAUCUUUCGGCCGGAUCUCGCUUCGUGCCACUAUUCAAAGGACGUGUUGGAGUGGUACGAAGCCAACGAGGUCACCUUCGUGCCAAAGGAAAUGAACCCGCCCAACGCGCCGGAGCUUCGCCCAAUAGAGAAAUAUUGGGCGAUUAUGAAAAAACGAUAUGUUCAAAAAAAAACUACAACCUGAUGUUGUACAAAACCUUAUGGACGGGGUAAAGAGGAAGGUGCGAGCAUACGGGCUUGGGCUCGAAGUAUGAAUAAAAAGAAAAUACCAAAAGUUGUUUAAUAGUUUUUAUUUUAUUUAUUUUUUAUUUAUUUUUUUUCCGUGAUGCAAUUUGAUGUGACACACCCUUUAUCUUAGUAAAAAAUAUUAUUGCUGUAUAUUUUAAAAACUCAACAAGACGACGAGUGUGCACUAGAUGAAAAUAAAAAAGGACAAAAAGUACUGGAUGAAAAAUUCGGCAAGUAAAAAAACGUGAACGUGCAAGAUAAUGUGUUUGAUCAAAUUCAUGUACAAACAUACUCCUGAUAUUCCACUGUACAACAAGCUUGUUGCCAGUUUAUAAGCUUUCGAAAUACGUUGGAGCUUGAAUUAUAAUGUACUCAACUCCUAAUUUGAUUCAAGAGAUUACAAGGUAUUUACAUACCUUGAUUUACAAGUGAUUUACAUGAGAUUUACAAGUGAUUGAAAAAGAAUUUACAAAAUGCUUGGUCAUCUAUGUGCAGGGCGCAACGAAACAUUUUUUUAAAAUUAUUUCAGGAAACUUGAGAUGGGUCGCGAAUAGGGAAAAAUUUUACGAAUCGUUCAUUCUGAGAGUCGCUUAGGGUUUUGUACUUCUGGUACGAUUUGCGAUAAAAUACUCCUCUAAUUUACUUCAAACAUUGAAAAAUCGGCUAGAAAAAAACGGCUGAACGUGUCAAUAUGAAACGUUCACAGAUGUUUAGAGGGAACACUAGGCUAAAAAUUUGCCUGCAAACAUUAGAACUUACUGCGAUAAUUGCAGAAUUACAUUGGAUUUUGUAAAGUAUUCUAAAAAUCCUGUUUUUGACACUUUUUUGAAAUCGAUGAAAAAAAAUUGAAGAAAUUUUUUAUCGUCAAAGUAACAAAUUUUUCUUGUGCAGAAUUUAUUGGAGUUUUCAAAACUGCCUUUCGAUUUGCGGUGCGAGGAUUGUUUAUUGAAUAAUUCAUCAUCAAAGACGAAGGGGUAAUUUUUCUUUCGAACUGAAAUAUCGCUGUAUGGAAGGUCUUACAGGAACGUUCUAGGAACCAAAUAAAAGCUGGUUAAUAAGGUUAAUUGGUUAGCCCAGAAAAUCCAGAAAAAACAGAGAAAAAUCGAUUUUUCAUUUCUUUCCGAUAUUAUUGUAGUGAGCAACACACCAAUAUAAAGAUAUGUACGUAAAAUAUUCUAAUACCUGAAAGUUGUAGCUUCAAAAUGAGGGCCUUAGAAUGCAAGGGGUGUAAGUGACUCGAUCGAUUUCUCUUCUCUUCUUUUUCUUUAGUUAAUAACUCAACUGCAGAAAAGUUCCAAUUUAAGUUCGCUAUAGAAUCCAAUAGAUGAGGUUCUGACCUAUCUUCCAUAUUGUCAAAUACAACUCGGAAUGUAUUUGCAGCUAAGUUAUGACCAUAAGAGAGAGUCGAUGUAGAGAAAUCGAUCAAAUCACUUACACCCCUUUCAUUCUAAGCCCCUCAAAUGAUGUACAUUAGAGUACCAAUGGAUGUAUGGGGAAAAAGUGACCUUCAAAUUUUCAAAGCGAACUUGAAUUAAAAAUGUUGAUCCCCACGAAAAACUCCCCUAUGCACGCUUUAUGCAAUUCUAAGACAUUUGGCAUCAAAAAUUAUUUUGAAAACCCCUAUUUUCCUUACUUCCCCCUUGGGUGAUUUUUUGGUUUUCAAUAAACCCAAAUUUUAACAUUCGCGACACUCGUAAAUGAAGUCUGAUUGAGCAAAUAUUUUAAAAAGGGUAUUUUAUCGAGCAAAUCAACAUUAUUUUUAUUGGCACCCAAAACCAUACGUUUUACCUCGUAUUCCUAAAAAAGUCCCAGAGUGUCGAUUUUUGACAAACAAUUUUUUUCGAGAUUACAAUGGAUCUCAACGAUUCAGUAAUUUGGAGACAUUUGGCCUCAAUUUUUUUUUUUCGAAAACCCCGAUUUCCUCCCUUGGGUGAUUUUUUAGUUUUCAAAAAACUCAAACUUUGAGGGCUGUGCGACACUAGUAAAUGAAGUCCAAUUGAGCUGGUAUUUUGCAUAGGGUAGUUAUUCAUGGGAAUCAAUACUUUUAAUCAAGUUCCCUUUGAAAUGGCCAUUCUCAUUGGCACUCUAAUGUACAUACCAUCGAUAUGCGUUGAUUUUCCACGAAGUUGCAGCAUGUCAAAAAUCACUUGAAAUUUCCGACUUCGCACUCUGCUCCUCUAAUUUUUUCGUCGAGUGUAGACCAACAGAUUUUCUCUCCAGCUGGACGAGUCUACAUUACCCAGCAAUGAAGCUCUGUUGUAAGGAUAUGUUCGAUUUAUUAAAGAAGAAAAUAUUUGCCAAGAAAUGAUUUUUGCUACAUAUAUGAAGACUGAUACCAAAGAAGAAUCGAUUGGUUUUUUUUAACCGAAAAAGCUAUUCCAUGGAAGAACAUUGAGACUGAUGGUGCACCAUCAAUGUUCAGUCGUCAUCGUGGUUUUACAGCUCCCUCAAAGUUACAACUGCGUAAGGUAAUGGUCAUACAUUGCGUGAUUCAUAGACAGCAUUUAGUAGCAAAAAACCUGAGCCCUAGAUUGCAUCAGUCUUUACUAUAUGUUAUGAGUGCUAUCAAAAACUUUCGAAGCAAUUCUUUGAACAUUCGAUUAUUUGCUCAGCUAUAUGAGAAAAACGACGAAAUCUUUACUCGAGUGAGAGGUGCGGAUGUUACCACUACGCCAGAUCGUCUCCUUGAGAACAUAAUGUCAAGUUUUUUUGUUUUCAAUGUUUUCUAAUUGAUAAUUGUUCAGUAAGAAUAAAACUAAAGAUAGGAUUUUCAAUGAAAUUCCGCUAAGGGGGUCUAAGGUAUGACUUAAUUCUGAAAAAGGGGUCUCUUGCCCAAAACAGUUUGAGAACCUCUGAUAUAUAUUAUACAAAUGCUUACCACUAUUUGAGAGUCAUGACAUUUUCUGUUAUUUUUAAGCUCAUUUAAUGUAAUAAAUCGGGAUGAUGAAACAUGAGCUAAAAACCAAUUUUGGGUGUACUAUUUCUCUCGCAGGCUAAACAGUACUAUUGAAGUUUUACGAGAACUUCCAAUUAUUUCAGGGUUGUUAAUCACUCCAAGAGCAGUAUUUUAUCUAUCCCCAGCGUGUUUAAGAAAAUUCAUAUCGAGAUCAACGAUCUCAUCGAAUACUUUAACUAAAGGGACAACUUUGUUUUUCAAGUAAUAUCAGGCACAGAUACACGAUAUCGCAAGUUUGCACAAGUAUACAAUAGCUGGCAAUGUCAAACCCCACUGACCACACAAUUCUGAAACAUGCUGAUUUUUCGCGAUCUCAGGCCCAUGCUCAUGAAACGGGAAUCUAAGGUAAAUUCGCUGACUCAAGUGUUCUGAGAAAUAUUAUUCAAAAAAUAUGAAAUUCUGUUUAGCCUCAAAACUCCCAUACAACAGGAUCAUUUCAAUGUAACUGAGCUGGGUCAAUGAAGGUGCAUUACAGUGACUCAAACUCGAAUUUGUAUUCCACCAUGCAGAUCUUCGUUCACUACUUUUGAAUGCCCUGAACAAGAUCUCGAAGCAUUGUAUUUGAAUAAUGAUAUAUACACCAAUUCAAAGCUUAAUCGGUCAACUUUUGGAAUAUUUUACGAAUACAGAAUCGAAUUUAACGAAUCGGACUCGAUUAUAUGUGAUUCGAUUAUAUACAAUUUUGGACUCGAUUAUAUACAGUUUGAAAAAAAAAUUUUUUUUUUAUAUUUCAAAUAUGGCUUAUUUCAAGAAAAAAUGUAAUCUUUCAACGUUAAGGGGAAUAUUAAGUGGCUAUUACAUGUCCAGUGGGGUGAAAAUCGUGAUUUUUGAAGUUUUGCUUGAAUUUUUAACAGGAUUUGUUUGUAUCGAUGUUGUAGCCAAAUUGAAAGAUAGAAGUUGGACGUCAAAGAGCACAUUGUAGAGCCAGUUUUUUAAUGUAGAGCCAGUUUGAGGCAACAGAGUCCGAAACAAAAAAAAAGUUCUAUAACUCUGUCAUUGUUGAAAUUCGAACAUAUGCGUAGGAGGAUUUUUUCAUCAAAUAUGAUCGUCUAUCACCUCCUGAGAGAAUCCGGAUAAAUUUAUUUUUUUUCAUGUGAGAAAGGUGCUUUCUGACUUUUAGGUGGAUGAAUCAAAAAUCAAAUUCCUCUUUUAUUUUCAAAAAACGAAGAAUACAUGCAAGAAAAACAAAUGAAAAUUUUGGUUCGAUUAUAUACAGUGAAAAAAAUCAAAAACUGUAUAUAAUCGAGUCCGCGCUGUAUAUAGUUAUCUUGGUGUGUGCAGAUGUAGUGGACAAAAAUAUCGGGAAAAAAUAAAAAAUCGAUUUAUUUUUGUUUAUUCAAAAAAAUUGUGUACGAAAGAGAAGCAAGUGUCCCUAUUUCCAAAUUCUAUGUCCAUCCCUAUUCUUAUCCCCAUCCAAUCCACUCCCCACCCUUCUGAAAUGCAGUGUGUGGUACAUUAUACAAGUACAACCAGUCGAAUUUAUUCAUCAUCAAAGACGAAGAGGUAAUUUUUAAUUCGAAGAAUAUCUCUGUAUGGAAAGGUACUACAUGAACUUCUAGGAACUAAAUUUAAAAAAAUAUUGGUACGAUUAAUGAGUUAUUUGGCAACAGUGUUGCCACAUGUACAGAUUUAUCUGGAAAGGUACAGAUUUUUUUGUUAUUUUUGGUUUGGCCCCCUUGGAAGAUUUUCGAGGGACAAAAAAUCAAAACUUUAAGCGUUUUGAGGCUUCCCUAAAUCAUGUCUGAUUGAGCUGAAAUCUUGCACAGGACAUUUUUCUGGACCAACAAACAAAAUGUACAUGGUCGGUUCAUUCAAUUCAAUGAUUUUUUUUUCCAUGCCUUCAAUGCCACUCAGGCUAAGUCCCAGAAGGUCGAUUUUAAGCCAAAAAUUGUUUUUGGGAUAACACCAAAUCUCGUCGUUUGGCAUCGAAAAAAAAAAUUGGUUUCCAAAUUUCCUUUUUUUAUGUAGAGCCAGUUUGAGGUAAACAGAGUUCGGAACAAAAAAAAAUUCUAUAACUCAUUGUUGUUAAUACGAACAUAUGCGUAGAAAGAUUAUUGACGUAUAACUACGUCUUUCAUUAAGUGCCAAAUCAGAAAACAGGUCACGUUUUUAUAAAAUAAAGUUAACGUUAAUUACUAUUUCAGCUGCGAACGGAUUUUAACGAUUUGUAUACCAAACGAAUCGGAAAUUCCCCAAGAUUUGUUUGAAAUGCUAUACAUUACAAUCCCAUAGUCUGUAUAUGGUUUAAAUUGAUGAAAAUUGGAAGCAUUCCCAUACCCUCAUACAUUGGAUCUGUCCAUUUGUGUGCUUUCCCGAACAGAGCUGUCUAUAACGAGCAACUUAUCGACGAGCAACGAAGGGGAAAUCGUAAGAUAGAAUCGUAAGAGAGUAUAAACAGUGGACCUCGCUGAGGCAAACUUUUCUUCCUUUGUGUGGACACCGACUGGACAACAUCGUUGCUAGACGAGCAUGACGGUAGAAAAACUCUUUCCACAAAGGAUGACAGCUAAGCUAAUCUAGACUGGCAAUAUUAAUGGAAAGGGCUUCUGUUGAGAAGACCGCAAAACGGAGAUAAGUGUGUGUGUGUGUGUAUAUUUAGUUGCUUGAAGCCAUCGUAUAUGGAUAUUUGUAUGCGUACGUGCGUGCUUCAUAACCCGUACGUAAAAAUAGUGCAUCUUCGCUACGCUGAAACCCCAUUUGUAUCUGCUCCCGUGAGCAUUGACCCUGUAACGAUGCAACUAAUUUUUUAUGUUAUGAUUGAUGAUUGUUUGAUGUUGCAAAUUAUGCAGUCGUAAUGAUAAAUAUAAACAAAGAGGCGAGAUAGCGGAAGGGAAAUAUUUACGCUAGGGUAUUGGUAAUGAAUCUCUGCUGAGGCAAAUAAAGGGUGUGUCACAUCAAAUUGCAUCACGGAAAAAACGCUGUAGAAAUUCGCCCAGUAUA